AUGCCUCCGCCGAACAAGGCGCGCUCAGAUUCGCCUGCGACUGAGCGCCGCGAACGCCUCACUUUGGAUAAAUUGGCAAGUUAUGACGAUGUCGCAACCGAUGCGCUAGUCGAUCAUGCGUACUUCUGGACAACUACACGCAAGAACCGCACCAAGUACAGCCCUGCCCGCGGCAUUCACGAUGAUGAUGUUGGCCACAUUCUCUUGCACGACGUGGUUGUUGCCAAGGACAUCCAGCAGGCCGAGCGCAAAUUACUGGAACUACCCGGCCUGCGUAAAUACCACGCCCAGCUGCGAAGUCCUCGUGAGCAGGAAUGGUUCCGCCGACACCUCCGAAAAUACGUUCAAAUGUACCACCCGGACUGCCCCUACGAAGUGACCACCACAAACCGAUACAUCAUCACCGAGCAUGAGGCUUCUAUUUGUGCCCGCAAGCCAAUCAAAUCAGGCCAGGAGAUCAAAUAUUUGAGCGGAACUCUCGUUUCCAUGACCAAGGAAGAGGAGCAGGACCUGGGCCUGACUCGCAAGGACUUUAGCGUGGUGAUGUCUAGCCGCCGCAAGACCCCUUCGUUCUUCCUCGGCCCCGCCCGCUUUGCCAACCAUGACUGUGACGCCAAUGGCCGCCUGGUCACCCGAGGCACUGAGGGCAUGUCAGUCAUGGCCACACGCAACAUUGAAGAGGGAGAAGAGAUCACCGUUUCCUACGGAGAGGAUUACUUUGGUAUUGACAACUGCGAAUGCCUCUGCUUGACAUGUGAACGUUCAGUGCGCAAUGGCUGGUCUCUACAGACGGACUCAGACUCAAAUAGCAGAGAGACUUCCGUGGAAGAGACUACGCCUGCACUUGCAGAGAGCAAUAGCAACAACAAGAAACGCAGGCGGGAUUCAGAUCUGGACUCUGAAGACUCGAGUCUCCUAUGCUCCACCCCACGCAAACGAACUAAAUUCCAGCGUCAGACCUCAAAGCUGCGCGAAGAGAUUUCCGCUUCUGAACUCCCCAAUGACCCUUCUGCCACCCCCGAGUCGGAUAAUCCCCCCUACCCCAGGCUCCGACUACAGGAGAUCAUCCUAUCGGAAGUGCUGGAUCCGCUUUUCGAGACAUCAUCGGCUGAACCUCAGUCUUCUAUUGAGUCGAACGGGAUGACCAACGGCCGACACACAGCACCUGCGGACCCGGAAUCCCCCGACUCUGCUGCCGGCGAUUCUCAGCGAUCAGAAUCCAGCGUCCCCACCUCGGUGGAUGAGACUGGAGUCAAGGCCAAGACCGUGAACAUCGAAGAAGCCGGCUUAGGAGCCCUAGAAUUGCAUGAGGCACUUCAGCAUGCCGCUGAAAAGAUCCCUAAACGCCGCAACAAGCGCAAGUGGCAUGUCAUUGCCUCUGUCGAGACCGAGGUCCCCAUCGUCCGAGCUCCAGGCGACUAUACUAAAACGCCGAGACUCCUCGCCCAGAAAUAUGACCGCUGGGUCGAUUGCCAAACCUGCGAAUCUUGGUUUGUCCAAUCGAACUCUUACCAAACUCGCCGUGAAUGUCCUCGCUGCGAGAGGCACUCCAAAAUCUAUGGCUUUCAGUGGCCCAAGACCGAGGGCAAAGAUCGAGUCAUGGACCACCGCAUUAUCCACCGAUUCCUUUCUCCCGAGUCAGAGGCUCGCGUCUCCCGCCGAGACCGCGGCAUCAGCUUUGGAAUCACCCCAACUCCAGAGUUGUCGGAUGCGCGCACUGAGGCCGAGACGAGUGAUGUACCCGAGCCUCGUCGCAUUACCCGCGCCAACAGGCGCCUUCGAAUGACGAUGUAA